AGGGGAGAACACCCAGGGCAUGGAAGCUCUACUGAAUGAAGGGGCAUCCCAGAGACUGAUGCCCAUGCCUUCUCUAUGUCCAGUCCCUGAGGUGACCGUUCUGGAGCCCCUGCAGGAUGUUCAGCUCAGUGAGGGCCAGGAUGCCCACUUCCAAUGCCAACUGUCCAGGGCCUCAGGCCAGGAGGCUCGUUGGGCUUUAGGAGGUGUGCCCUUGCAGGCCAACGAGAUGAAUGACAUCAGUGUGGAACAGGGCACACUCCACUUGCUCACUCUGCACAAGGUGACCCUUGAGGAUGCUGGAACUAUCACUUUCCAAGUGGGUUCAUGUAGCUCAGAAGCCCAGCUGAAGGUCACGGCCAAGAACACUGUGGUUCGGGCCCUGGAGAAUGUGGAUGUCCCUGAGGGUGGCGAGGCUCUGUUUGAGUGCCAGCUGUCCCGGCCUGAGGUGGCUGCCCACACCUGGCUGCUGGAUGAUGAGCCCGUGAACACCUCCGAAAAUGCUGAAGUGGUCUACUUUGAGAAUGGCCUGCGGCACCUGUUGCUGCUCAAAAACCUGCGGCCACAGGACAGCUGCCGUGUGACCUUCUUGGCUGGGGAUGUGGUCACGUCUGCUUUCCUCACUGUCAGAGGCUGGCGCUUAGAGGUUCUGGAAGCCCCUCAAGACUUGGCAGUGUGUACUGGAGAGCAGGCCCAAUUCACAUGCAUGCUCAGUGAGGCAGUGCCUGUGGGUGAGGCGACCUGGUACAUCAAUGGAGCCGCGGUUCAGCCAGAUGAUUCCGCCUGGUCAGUCACCGUGGAUGGCUGCCAGCAUGCCCUGCUGCUACACAGUGCCCAGUCCCACCAUGCUGGAGAGGUCACCUUUGCUGCCCAUGAUGCUGUGGCUUCAGCAAGGCUCUCUGUGCUGAGCCUCCCUGACCCACCAGAGGAUGCUGAGGUGGUGGGUCGCAGUGGCUGCUCUGUGACCCUGUCCUGGGUGGCUCCCACAAACGAUGGUGGUGGUGGUCUAUGUGGCUAUCGGGUAGAAAUGAAGGAGGGGUCCACAGGCCAGUGGCAUUUGUGCCAUGAACUGGUGCCUGGGCCAGAGUGUGUGGUGGAUGGCCUGACCCCAGGGGAGACCUACCGCUUCCGAGUAGCAGCUGUGGGCCCAGCAGGUGCUGGGGAUCCUGUGCACCUGCCCCAAAUGGUCAGGCUCGCAGAGCCAAAGGAGCCUGCACUUCCCCUACCUCCAGCCCCUGAGAGACGGCAGGUGGUAGUUGGAGAGAAUGUCUGUCUGGAGUUGGAGAUGGCGGCUGAGGCUGGUGAGGUAGUCUGGCACAAGGGGACAGAGCGCAUCCAGCCCAGUGGGCACUUCGAGGUGGUCUCUCAGGGUCGGCAGCAGAUGCUCGUGAUCAAGGGCUUCAGAACAGAAGACCAGGGAGAGUACCGCUGUGGCCCUGCCCAGGGCCCAGACUCCACCCAGGCUGCCACCUUUCAGGUGGUGCUGACCCCAGGCUCUGAGGAUGAGGCUGUUACGCAGCCCAGCCUGCCCCCAGAGGCAGCAGAGGGUGACCUGCACCUGCUCUGGGAAGCCCUAGCUCGGAAGCGCCGCAUGAGCCGUGAGCCCACCCUGGACUCUAUCAGUGAGAUGCCUGAGGAGGAUGGCCGCGUGCAGCACCUGCGACAGGAGGCAGAGGAGGUGGCUCCUGAUCUCUCUGAGGGCUACUCCACAGCUGAUGAGCUGGCACGUACUGGAGAGGCUGAUCUCUCACACACCAGCUCUGAUGAUGAGUCCCGGGCAGGGACCCCUGCCCUAGACUACCUCAAGAAAGCUGGGAGGCCUGGGGCAUCACCUCUCGCCAGCAAGGUUGGGGCCCCAGCAUCUGUCUCUGUGAAGCUACAGAAGCAGCAGGAGCAACCAGCCACAGCGUACCCACCUCCAGGUGACUUGAAUGCUGUGGACUUGGGAGAUUCCUCCAUGGACAAGGCAGCAGUGAAGAUCCAGGCUGCCUUUAAGGGCUACAAGGUCCGGAAGGAGAUAAAGCAGCAGAAGGGCUGUGUUCUCCCAACAUUUGGAGAUACUGAAGUACAGGUGGGGGAUGCUCUGCGGCUGGAGUGUGUAGUGGCCAGCAAGGCAGACAUUCGGGCCUGCUGGCUGAAGGAUGGUGUGGAGCUAACUGAUGGACGGCACCACCACAUCGACCAGCUUGGGGAUGGCACCUGCUCUCUGCUAGUCACUGGUCUGGGUCAUGCUGAUACUGGCCGCUACACCUGUCAAGUGAGUAACAAGUUUGGCCAAGUGAGCCACAGUGCCUGUGUGGUUGUCAGCGGGACAGAGAGCGAGGCUGAGAGCUCCUCAGGGGGUGAGCUGGACGAUACCUUCCGCCGGGCUGCCCGGCGUCUGCACCGGCUCUUUCACACCAAGGGCCCAUCUGAGGUUUCGGAUGAGGAACUCUUCCUCAGUGCAGAUGAGGGCACUGCAGAGCCAGAGGAGCCUGCGGACUGGCAGACAUACCGAGAAGAUGAGCAUUUCAUCUGCAUCCGUUUCGAGGUGCUCACUGAAGCCCAUCGGGCAGUCACUUGCUUCCAGGAGAUGUUUGCCACCUUGGGCAUUGGAGUGGAAAUUGGCCUUGUGGAGCGGGCCCCGGGGGUGGAGAUGCGCAUCAGCAAGGUGGCCCCUGCCCCACCCCUGUGA